CACUUAAUUCCUCUCUUUAAACUCCCCAGCCCAAAGUCUCUCUCUCUCUCUCUCAUAUUUGUUCACAUCACAAAAUCAAAAGCCGUGUUCGGCUCAAGAGAAAAUAUUAAGGAUGAUGGGAAAAGAAGAUCUCGGUUUGAGUCUGAGUUUGAGUUUCCCUCACAAUCAUCACCUAAAUCUAACCCCUUCCUCUUCUCCUUCUGGUUUUCCCCUUCAAAAACACUCAUGGAACGAUGUCGUCUCUCCUCCUCCAGAUCUUAACUCUGGAUAUUUCCGGGACACCGAGGCUAGAGCGUUUCUUAGAGGAAUCGACGUGAACCGGCUUCCAUCAACGGCCGACGGUGAAGAAGAAACCGGAGUUUCAUCUCCGAACAGCACGAUAUCUAGUGUGAGCAGAAAAAGAAGCGAAAGACAAUCGAAUGGAGGCAUCAGUGAUGAUGAAGAUGGCGACACUUCAAGAAAAAAGCUUCGCCUUUCAAAAGACCAGUCAGCUAUUCUCGAAGAAAGCUUUAAGGAACACAACACUCUCAACCCGAAGCAAAAGUUGGCUUUGGCCAAGCAGCUGGGUAUGCGACCCCGACAAGUCGAAGUGUGGUUCCAAAACAGAAGGGCAAGGACUAAACUAAAGCAAACCGAGGUUGACUGUGAGUUCCUGAAGAGAUGCUGUGAGAAUCUGAUGGAGAAAAACAGGCGGUUGCAGAAAGAAGUUGUGGAGCUGAGAGCACUGAAACUUUCCCCGCAUUUGUACAUGCAAAUGGCUCCACCAACUACCCUCACCAUGUGCGCAUCAUGCGCGAGGAUGUCGGUCCCAGCCAACGAAUCACCCACCGUGAUCCUCGAUCCUAAUAUCAGGCUAAAAUCUACAAUAAGCCCAUCCCAAUGAAUCCUUUGGCACACGGACCAUGCGAAGCUCGUCGUCCUCGAUCGUAAUUUUCGAUUUUCAGUAUAUGUACAAAUAUUUAAUUUAAAAUAUUCUUUUAGUGAUUAAGAUGUUGUUUGAUAACUGACUCUGAAUGAUUCAGAAUGUAUUUCUGUGUUGAAUUAUUCAACAUUUUUUUGUUGAA